AUGUCGAAGUUCCUACUUUCAAACACAGUUCUGCCCGUGACGGAAAUAAAGCAAAGCAAUGGAGGGAAGGUUCCCACUCAUCGACCAGAUGCUCCAAGGGGAUUCUUCAGCGUACCUCGAAAAUGGUUCCACACCCUCCUCGACGCCUGGGCCACCGACUAUGCCAGCGUGUACAAACUCCUGUUCACCCUGGUGCUGUCAGCAAACAUAAUUGCAAUGGCUACGAUACUACCAGGCAAAAGUGCACACUCAGCUCUGCUUCCUUGCGCCAAUGCAGCCAUAGCCAACCUUACGGCCGCAAUUUUCAUUCGACAGCCGUACACGGUCAACUUCAUCUUCCAUUCCUUUUGGCGGAUACCAAGAUCCACUCCACUUUGGCUGCGCCACCAAGCGGCAAAGGUGUACGAAUAUGGCGGCAUUCACAGUGGAGCGUCAUGUUCAAGCUUGAUCUGGUUUUCUCUAUUCGCGGGAUACCUGGCGCGAGACGCUGAGCAUAGCAGUCUGGCAGUGCUGACGUUGGUGUAUGUUCUGCUCUGGGUGUUGAUAUGCAUCGUCGUCUUUGCCUUGCCACAGAUGCGGCGCAGGUUCCACAAUCUGUUCGAACAGUGGCAUCGCUUCGGAGGGUGGUUUGCUAUCGCCGUCUUUUGGGUUGCAUUCGUACUGUUUGUAAGAGAUGAGGUGAAGAAGUCUGGGUCAGGAUCUCUCGGCUCGAGGCUCGUGAGAUUGCCCAUCUUCUGGCUUCUGCUCUACCUCAGCAUCACUGCCAUCUGGCCAUACCUCUUGUUGCGCAAAGUGCGAGUGGUCAGAACCGAAGCCUUGUCAGACCGUGCCAUACGCGUAUACUUUGAUCCCCACGAGCGCAUUCCACCUCAACACGGCGCAGGUAUCUCCAAGUCGCCACUGACAGAAUGGCACGGCUUCGCUGCGAUCAAUGACUUUGACAACACCGAGGGCGGGUCGUCCAAUAUGAUCAUUGCCAAAGCCGGUGACUGGACAGCAGAUGCCAUCGAGAACCCUCCGCCGUACUACUACAUGAAAGGCAUGCAUAUGGCUGGCGUGGGCUCAAUGGCGAAGAUCUUUCAUCGAGUCGUGUACAUGUGUACAGGCAGUGGAGCAGGGCCACUGUUGGCCGCGUUGACGCUACUCGACGAUGUGAGUCUGCGUAUCAUAUGGUCGGCCCCUGAUCCCCAGCGAGUGUUUGGCGACAAGAUCUGUAAUACGUUGACGCGCUGGGAUCCGAAGGCCAUCAUAUGGGACACGAAGGCGAACGGUCGACCGGAUCUGAUUGAAUUGGCGACUCAGGUGUACCGAGAAAGCGAUGCUGAAGCAUUGUUCUUCAUCAGCAACAGAUCGCUGACGAGGUCGGUGGUGGGAGAGUUGAGGAGGAGAGGCAUGGCGGCGUAUGCACCCGUGUUUGAUUCGUAG